AUAAGGCGUUGUCGACUCACCACGAGCACAUUCAACAGUGCGGAACUUCCUUGUUAACAACGACGCAUGAGCCGCAACGGCAAGCAGACGGCAUGGUGCUUUGUCUGGGAGGUAUGCCGUGAUGCCGCCCGACUUGCGCCAGCACGGAGAACAGGUUGCCAUUGACAGUGGCAGUGGCACAUCGUCUAUGACUGCCAGUUCGCUUCAUCUUGCUCGGCAAUUGCAUUUCCAAGUGUGUAAUGGAAGUUUAGGCACUAGUGGACAAUCUUCAAGCGGUGAUGGGGUUGGGGGUGGGUGUGUAUCUGGAACAAGCACGGUGCCGGGAAGCAUGCUGUCUCCAAGGAUGUACCUGCCACUCUCGGUGCCUUCCCUACAACCUCAGCCACAGGCGCUGGCAUCACCUCCCUCAUUGCAGCAACAGCAACCACAGCCGGAAUCCAUGGCGUCCUCGCAGGAGGCUGCUGGGAACAACAGCAGCUCUCUCACUCGGAUCCUUCCGACUGCCUUUCCGACAGCGUUGAGCUCUCCCAGCACAAUUGGAAAUGCUGGUUGUCUCAGCAAGGAGAACCCAUGGAGUGCACUUGGUGUGGCCCCCCAGCAGAUCAGUCGACAGGGUGGGGACGACUUUGCAGGGUUUUGCCCGGGGAAGGAGUGGGGUAGUGGUGGUCAUGGUGGUGUGGAUCACGGCUCGGUAACAGGAGGACAGAUAUGGGGUCCGAUGAGUUCAGGUGGUGAGGUGCCUCAAUACAUCGGAUCAUCUCCCUCACCUGCAAAGUCGAGGUUGAGCUCGCCACUGAUAUCCUCUGAUGCAUCCACCCCGUCCACUGCCUCCACAAUUGAUCGGAAUCAUUUGCAGGGCAGUAGCUCAUCGAGUGCUCCUACUCGUUCAAGAGUUGAGGAAGAUGGUAUGGGGUCCUGUCGCGUGAACCUUGAUGGCAAGCUUGCGGAGUACGGGCAGCAGUCAGUGCUGGAGGCCCCUGAGAGCUCUUCCGAGUCCACAUCGACAGUUGGGUGGAGGCGGCACUCCCCGUCAGCUUCGUUUCUGUCACGGGAGAACAACAACUUGCAAAGCAGUGUGUGGGAUGCUUGGGGGAAUCUCGAUCCAGCACAGGCUGCUAUUUCUCCAUCUACGGUAAGGAGGGAGGCUUUGCAGCAGCUGUACGAACAGGGAGAGGCAGUGCAGGGCAGAGUGGGAGCGACCAGGCUAGAUUCCUUGUUCCAUUCAACUGACAAGCCUGUGGAGGGGACACUCCAGGAAGAGUAUGCGGUUGCCAACCUGCGGGGAGCAGAGAUGGGUACAUGGAAUUCCCUAGUCCCUGGUGUUGAGAAGGGACAGCAGCAUGGGCAGCGAAAUCAGGUUCCGAUCUCACAAGGAACAGAAGCAGGACAUGGCGCAGGUGAGUUGGUGCAGUCCGCGCGAUCGGGCGAUGAGGAAUCACCACAAUAUAGAGGUCACAUGGGAGGGAAGGAAUCUGGCAGCGUGGGGGAGACUCAGUGGGAAAUGAUGGAUACCAUGCAAAGGAUAGCCUGCAUGAGCUUGUGCAACUGUCCAGACAGCGCUAACACGGGGUUUGAGGAUGGGCAAGAUGCCAGCAUGUCAUCGAGGGGUACUCUGAGAGAGGGUGUGCCAUUGUCAGGUGAGGCUGCUUGGGAGGGGGACAUGCGAAUGGGGGGCUGGAGAGGGUUAGAGGUGUCGCAGUUGAUGCAUGCCGGGCAAGCAGCUGUGGGGCUUGGUGGAGGGGCAGCUAUGGAUGGCCAUGGCACUGGCAGAUCAGCUGUGGUUGGUCGGGGGAAAAGAGGAACCGUGCGGCGAAGAGAUAUCAGCAGGGGAGGAGCAGUCUCGUUGUCGUAUGAUGCUGCAAUCAUGGGACAUUCGUCCAUUGGGCGCAACUGGGCUACUCCUCUGGGCAUGAGUUUGGAAGGGAGGGACAUUGGGCUGGGGAUGAGGGCAGCAGUCAAAGGGAUGCCGGCUCCUCAUGGGCCUACUGCUAAUGACCAGAGGCCCGAAGCUGCGGACUCGAACACAAGUGGAUGGUGGCAGCAGCACGGACUGGAUGCAUGGGGUGCUCUGGGUUCAAACUUGAGUUUGGAUGUAAGCGGCGGAUAUACGGAUAGAGAUGAAAUGGCUGCAGGCUUGAGCAGUCCCCUCAGUGCCGACAGCAAACUGGGUGGGGGAAGCAUCUGGGCCACAGAAAUGCCAAGGAACUUUAUUGCCAACAGUGCUGCAGACAGUGAAGUUAUGGUAAUUGGAGCGGGACAACCCGGGCAGGGUGUGCACACAAUGCUGCGUCAGAGCUUGGAUUCUUUGCCAGCUGAUGACAGGACUUCUGGACUUGUGACAAGGCAGUCUGCAGAUUUUUGCUCUGGGAGAGGGGGAGUGCUUGAACAAAACCUUGUGAGUCCGAAAUGGGGAAAAGGUGCUGAAUCUCGAAGUUUCUGCGGCGCAACAGAGGGAUUUCAACAGACACAACAGCAGCAGUCACAGAAGCAGCCACGGCAACUGGUACAUCAUUUCCAGCAGCAGCAGCAGCAGCAGCAGCAGCAGCACUUGCAACAGCAGAUUCAACAGCAGCAGCAUAUUCAGGAACAGCUAAAGCAACAACGGCAGAUGCAAGAACAGUUGCAACAUCAACAGUUGCAGGAGCAACUUCAACAGCAGCAGCAGUUGCAGCAAUUACAGCAGUUGCAGCAGUUGCAACAAUUGCAGCAGCUGCAGCACUUGCAGCAGCUCCAGCAGCUCCAGCAGCUGCAGUUGCAGCAGGGUUUUGUCUCUGAGGGUGGACACAGAGAAGAUUGGGGGGCUCGAUUGGUGGGGACAGCUGACAGUACAAAUGAAGAAAUGCGAAGGCUGCUCAUGACUGGUGACCAAACUGGCUAUGGUGGCAGCGGAGCUCUGGAUACGAACUUGUCCUAUGAGACGUUGUCACAGCUUGGAGUGGGAGCUGAGCAGCAGGCUCGUUGGGCUAUCUCUUCGGGGAAUGUCACAGGCGGCUCUCCAUCGGCAGCAGCAGGAGCUGGAGCAAAUGCUCAGCAGCUGAGGCAGUUCAUGGAGCUUGGUUUGCAACCCCCUGUAGAAUGGGACAUGGGAGGCAGGAAUCAUGCAGACAAGACAGGAGGAAUUAUCAUGCCGGGAGGUGUAAACGAUGCCUAUGGUGGUAAGGGGAUGGAACAUCUGCAGUAUGCUGGUGGUUCUUCUCUGAUGCCGGCCUAUCAAAGUGGGAGCACGGCAUGGCAACCGGUGGAUGGCGAUGUGGAGCAAACAGUUCGGGCAGGCUGGUCAAUGACUGAAGAUGUGGUGCACAAAGCAGCCAGCGUGCAGGGAUUUGGAUAUGGCAAUCAGAUAGAGAUGAAAGAAACAAUGACACCUCCCACAGCCAGGAGCCCGGAGCAUCAAGAGAUUGGGGGCAGAGCGGUCUCGGAAAGAGAGGGGGGAAGUCCUGGUGUCGAAGUCGGCAAUCUUGGGAGCGGAGCAAGAAUUGACCAAGCUACAGAGCAGCCAGAAGUGGAUUGGAGUCUGAAUCCCAGGCCUCUUGUCGGAUGUAAGAAUGAGGCUGGCAUUUCUGGAAAGGUUAUGGUGACAGAGGAUGGCAGUUAUAACUUGGACAACAGCAGCAUGGGGAAGUUUGGCAGCGAACAUGGACAGCAGCGAGAAGGUGUGGGGGAGGGGGAAGGGAGUGGAGGGAGAGGUGACGGGUCACGAGAGCAGGGCUUGAGGGUGGUGAAUCGGCAGUGGCGGCCAGCACCGUUAGUCAGGCAUGAUGAGUCGAAAGAACCCGAGUCUGAGAAAGACGAUCAGAGCCAAGUGGGAGGGGAGCUGAAUCCUGUUGUGGUGAGGGAGAUGUUCAUGCCCAACCAUCGCUCAAAUACUGUUGCGAAUCCCAAGGAUACUUUAGGGGGGCCAGUUGGUGGCAGCGGUGGUGUUGACAGGCUGGAGUCUCCUGCAUCCUUUCAAGCCUUGAAUCCCGGUACUGGGUCCCUGAUGAUGCAAGUGUCUGGAGCCGUGAUGCGAGAUAAAGUGGGAAAGGGUGGGAUGCCCAUGUCAGGAAUCCUUUCUCCGGGAGUGGGUCGUGGGAAACCGGUCUUCUUGUCCACUGUCAGAUCUGGUUUUGACAGGGGUCUGCCAUCUCCUCAUCAUGGGCGGGGCUCCGGUAUGUUUGGGCGUGGGGGUACUGGCAUGUUUUCCACCAUAGGGACUGGGGCACGUGGUAUGAUGCCAGACUUGAGGUGGCAAAAUCCAAGAGGAACAUCCUGUCAACAGCUCCCUCUUCCCCAGCACUAUAUGUCUGCUGCAGCUCAGGUGCAAUCUCAAAUGCCAAUUCCACUCCCUAUGCAGAUGGUACAGGGAAGAAUAUUAGGUGUAUUGGCCGCCAGCAACAUAGCAAGAGCAGGCGUGGGAGCACACGCUUUCAUUGGAAGGCCGAUAACACCAGUCCCACUGCCCAUGCAACCUAUCCGACCAGUUAUACGGGCAGUGCCAACGCUUGCUGGAAUUGGAAUGCAAGGAAAUCAAAGUGGGGUUAUAAUGAAAGGCACUGUGCAGCAGCAGCAACAGCUGCAGCAGCAACAACAACAGCCCCUGCAACAGACACAACAGCAGCAGCAGGCAUCAAAGGUUUGGCGAGUGGUGAAUGGCAGAGGAAGAGGGGGGGAGACAGUUUUUACAGGGGCAGAGGACAGGGGUGUUCUGUCAAAAGAGGGAGAAUAUGAGAAAUGGGGAGGCAAAGUUAGUGCAGUUUCUAAGAUGCGGAUCGUGGGGGGUGAAAUGUGGAUGGAAGGUGCAAGCCUGGACAGUGGUGGAGGGGAAAUCACUGCUGAUGACACAGGUCGUGUGCUUGUCCGACUGGAAGUCAACGAGAAGGGUGACGGCGACCUGCCAAAAGUCAAGGUCAACCUUGUGGUUGCAAACAGCAACCACGGAAAGGAAGAAAGCCGAGUUAGCGACGACUGCGCAGGGUUUGGACCUGGGACCGGGUUUUGUGAGGAGUUGAAGGAAAGAGGAUUCACUGCCUACACAGCUGCCAAUAUGAGUGCUGAUGGCAUGGGCAGCAAUGAGGAGAAUGAUAGUGGAAUGAAGGGAAGAGUGGAGGACUUUCCAUGGGUGAAAGUGGCAUUGAUCGCAGUUGGCAAUUUUUUGGAAAUUGACGGUGCCAUUCCGUUCAAUCCUGUUAGCUCAGACCUCCCAGUUCUGCCUGCUCGUCUGAAUGAUUUCCGAAGCCCUGUGUUCAACUAUGGUGACGAAGAAGUGCAACCCAGCGGGCAAGUGGAUGACAGAAGAGUGCAAGAGGCUUGGAUGGGGGAUUUGCAGUCAAAGGUGGGCAAGGGUCUGUGGAGGAACAAAGAAAGAAGUGUGGUCUCCUUGUCUGCAGAUGGGAAUGCAUCAGGUGGCAUGGCUGCAAGAGCUGGUAGCAAUCUUUCAUCAGCUGAUUUGGAAACGUGGGGUGGAGCAAUUGGCACAGAAACGGUUGUCGACGCUUCAGAGUUGUGUCCCAAGCCAAGUGUGGCUGACGGAAGUGGGCCAUCGAUCCAAAUCUGGGUGGGAAAAGACCAUCUGAUUGGGCCUGGCAGUGAUCUUCAACAUGGUUCUGCUGGGCGUGACUAUUCAAUGGUCACUUCUACAAGUGUACUGGGAACUUCGCUGCCAUGUGAUGGGACAGAAUAUGCAAUGGGAGCACGCCGGGCUCUUGUGAGAUCUCAGGAGUCCCCAGUCUUUGUGAGAGUGAUCCUCUCAGUUGAGAACAGUCCCCGUGUGUGCGAUGAUGAUGGGAUGGUGGAUGGCGUCAGCAAGACUCCUGCCAGGGAUGUGAAUUGUCAUAACCAACCUCUGAAUGGCCAGGGGAGCUCUGUGAACAAGGAGGUAGAAUGUGCCAGGAGUGAUGACCUCAAACAUCCAUUCGGACAGAAUGAUGAGAGACAGUCUCUGGGCUGUUCGACGAUUGUGAUGGACGUUGGCGAGGCUUCUCUUGAUGGAGGCGAGAACGUAAAUGCUAGCCAAAGUACGCAGCAAGCCAGUGCAAGUUGCAUGACUGUGAAAUCCAACAAGUGGUUAGAGGAGGUGGAGGACCAAGAUGUUCCAGAAACUCUCGAUACUUGGGAGAGUUCGAUUGAUUCCGAAGGUGAGGACGAUGGGAGUGAGAUUUCACUCUUAUCGCAAAUGGAACCGAGGGAUGGUGGCAGCUCGGGAGGUAGUGGGAAAAGUCUGGAGGGUAGGGGGUUAAGCCCUGGGAUGGAGGGAGAUUUCAAUGUUGUGGUGGACACAAGAGCGAGUUUUGACGAUAGACGGGGCAGGUUUGAAGUGCCUAGCGGUAAUGAGCCGCUGUCCGGGUCAUCAUUGAGAGGACCGUCAUCUGUGAAGUUGGACGACAAAGUUGAGGCUGUUUUUGUUGCUGCUCUUGCAAACUUACAGCGCAAGCGGUCCGUUCCCUUUGACAUCAACAGGAUUAAUCACGAGAUGAAAAGGAUCUUACCAGGCUUUCAUGUGCGCAAUACACAGUACCAGCGGUUCGUGGAGCUGAGCAGGGCAAUGUCAGCAAAAGGACACUUCAAGAUGAUCAAAGUGGGGAAUCUGAUGAUGGCCACACAUCACAAGGACACCUCUACAUAUGCUUUGGGACCGCAUGGUACCAUUGUCCCAGUGACCCCAGGAUCAUCGUCCUCAGCUGGAAUGCACGGAUUCUGUGGUUUGCCUCAGAUGCCUAUGCAGUCUGUCUCAUCACCAAUGAAGGCAAACAGUGAUUUGAGGUCCUCUUCAGGCUUCAUCAGAACUGUGUCUGCCACCUCCCAUCGAAACCCUGUGCGGCAUGUGGUACUCGGACCGCAAAUGAUGGGGUCCGGACAGCUAGCAUCUCCUAGGCAGAUGAGUUCUACAUCUGUGCCUUCAUCACCCAUCCGUGAUAUGCGGGGGAUGGCAAGUGGAGGGCCUGUUGGUGGAUCAGUGUCUGUCCGAGGAACAGGGGCAGGCGGUGGAUAUCAAGGAAGCCCUGUCUUCUCAUCUCUACGGCAAAAUACAUGUGGCCCUGGGGGAGUGGCUUCAUCACCCCAGUUGUUGGGAUCAUCAUUGACGCCUUUGGCAGUUCCUCGACCUGGAAUUGGGGGGACAUCGUCUGCCUCAUCCACCCCACUUCCAUCCCCUGUUCCAAAAAGCCCUGGAACAAAUGCCAUGCCGGCCUCUGCUCAGGGCGAUGCUGGUGGGCAGAAUAAUAAGGACAUUGGUCUCUCUGAACAGCAGCUGGAAGCAGAAGUGCUGGGUCUGUUACUGUUGGCUCUUAGCGAAAAGGGCCGAAUGAGGGCGGGAGACCUUGGAUCACAGCUCCGUAUCCAGAAAGCUGCUGUGUAUGACCAAUUGAAGGCUAGGCAUGGUGGCUUGCGUCAGUUCCUCAACAAAAGGCCGGAUCUGUUUUAUGUCGAGUCUGAUCACCCGUUCAACCCUCACGUGAGCCUUAAUUUAUGGUCAGGACGUCAGCCACAGACGCCGCCUUCAACUCUUGGGGGAAAGGCAGCUUCGGGUUCAUUGCACCCUUCGUUGUCAUCACCGCAUACACCCUCGCAUUAUGGAAGCAGGAUAGGACAAACAUCUCGUUUGGUCAUUGGGCAGCACCAAGCUCGGCAGCAAUUGAUGGGGGAGAAUGGCAGCAUUGGAUCUGGAGGGAUGGCAAGUCUGACAGUUGGACUGACGCCAGGGAAGCCGGGAGUCUCCUCACAUGGAUUGGUAUCCACUUGGAAAGAUAAUGGGCUUAAGGCUGUAGGAAGCAAUGAUGGAAUGCAAGGUGGUUUUGGGAGUCAAAUGAGGAAGGAAGAUGGUCUGAAGCAGACAGGGAAACCUCUGGAGGGGAUGGGAAUGGGAGGUACCUGUGGUGGUACUUACCCCUGGAGGGAUGGUGGACUGAGAAUGGGACCUGGUUCUGAACAGCAGCAGCAGAAUGUCCCAGGUUUUGUGGGGUCCAUGCCUGGUGGACUGGGACUCGGCCCAGGUGCUCGUCGUAGGGAGGUCAGUGGCAGUGGCACUGGCAGUAGUCCUGAAGCGCAGCAGCACAUUAUUGAUGGGAGGGGGGGUUGGGGUGAAGGGGUAAUCAGCAAGGCCAAACUGCUCGGAAUCUCCAAGCUGGUUAUUGGUGGUCAGGAUAUGGAUGUCGGUGAAGACAAGCGGAUUGGGGGAAAUACCAGCAUGAGGGACACGGAUGCAAGAGAUGGAGAGGGACUAUCACUUUCUUCCCUGACCCCGAAGGGAGAAGGGGUGGCUAAGGCUCCGGGUGGGGGAAUGUCUCCUCAAGUGAAGUCAUAUGGCAAGCUUGUCUCCCCUAUAGGUAACCAGGGUGGAAGAAUGGUGCUAGGAAGCCCAGGAGGAAGGCAUCCCUGGCUCGGUAGGGGAAGAGGGUCAAAGGAUGAGGGUUUGCGAUCAUCUUUUGACAGCUAUGGGGAGAUGGAGAGCCCUCGGGGAUAUGCAGAAAGGAUGAAUGCUCAGCGGCGGUGAUGGGAGCUGCGCUGUCGGUGGCAGAAUGAUACCAUUUCAGGUGGCUUAUGUCGAUCACUCUUGCACUCACUAUC